AGUAUAUCAAGGUAUUUGUGGCGCACGCAGGUGCGUGGUCUUCACUGCCUAAUCUGCUUCCUAUAGCUUUCUUUCUUUCUUUCUUGCUGUAUCCUUCCUCUCUGCUUAACUGUUGUUUCCAUUUUGACAAAAAAAAAAAAAAGUAACUAAAAUUGUCAGAUGGCUUCAAUCGUAAUAGCUAAGCUGCAUCCUCCUCCUCCCCCCUCUAUCACUGGAAGACACACCCUUUUUGGAACUGUUCUUACAUCUACUGUUUCUGUCCCCACCACAAGACAAGGUCAUCUGGUCAUCACAGCAAAGGCAACGAGUGAAAGUUCUGAAUCCUUAUCCUCCCCAAGUGUUGUUAAAUCAAUAAAGAAUAUUUGGGACACGCCUGAAGACCGGAUUGCUGUAAUUGGGUUGGGAAUUGCUGCUGUUGUUGGUUUCUGGGCUGCUUUGAAUCUUGUCACGGCAAUCGACCGCGUGCCUCUCAUUCCAGGUUUCUUUGAAUUCGUCGGGGUAUUGUUUUCUUCUUGGUUUGUAUACAGAUACCUCUUAUUCAAACCCGACAGGAAAGAACUGUUCCAAGCGAUCAAUAAAUCAAUAUCAGAUAUCUUGGGCCAGUGAUCUGAAGAUAAUCGGAUAAUACAAUUCAUAUUGUACUUCUGUAUCCAAGCAUUACAAAAAUGCUGAAUCAUUUUACGGGUGAAAUGAUAUUUACACAAAUGAGCUACUUAUACUCUGAUCGAAAAGCAAUAGCAAAGUUGGAAUCAGGUUCACGGAUCAAUUUAUGUAAUUGCAGCUCAAAAAGGAAGCCUUUCGUUUUCACAGACUGCGAUUUCUUACAUUUAUAAUUGUUAAUAUGCCAUUUGCCAACUGGAA